ACGAAGGUUGGCGAAUGCUAGGGCUUAGGUGAGCAUGCUGGUGGAGGCUUAGGUGUGUGCCACUGGCAACGUGCGCAGGAGCUCCAAGUGGGCUUCUCCAUUGGAUUCUGUCCAAACUCGCUUGUGUUGAGAGAGAGAGAGAGAUGUGUGCUGCGUACGUGGGGGUUGGAAUCAGGACCGAACUUGUAUUCAACUAGCUUUUUCUCUCAUGCAAACUUCCUUUUAACUGUCAUGCGUUUUUCUAGUAAAAGCUCUUCAAGUCUGCAAUAAAAAAUGGCCUCCAAUAAAACUACAUUGCAAAAAAUGGGAAAGAAACAGAAUGGCAAGAGUAAGAAAGUUGAAGAAGCCGAGCCCGAGGAGUUUGUUGUGGAGAAAGUGUUGGACCGGCGAGUGGUGAACGGAAAAGUGGAAUAUUUCUUAAAAUGGAAAGGCUUUACCGAUGCCGACAACACAUGGGAACCCGAGGAAAACUUGGAUUGUCCAGAGUUAAUCGAAGCGUUUCUGAAUUCUCAGAAGGCUGGUAAAGAAAAAGAUGGAGCCAAGAGAAAGUCUUUGUCUGACAGUGAGUCAGAUGACAGCAAGUCAAAGAAGAAGCGGGAGUCGGCCGACAAGCCGCGGGGCUUUGCGCGGGGCCUUGAUCCAGAGCGAAUCAUUGGUGCUACAGACAGCAGCGGAGAGCUGAUGUUUCUCAUGAAGUGGAAGGAUUCCGACGAGGCCGAUUUGGUGCUGGCCAAAGAAGCCAACAUGAAGUGCCCUCAGAUAGUCAUCGCCUUCUAUGAGGAGCGGCUGACCUGGCACUCCUGCCCGGAAGACGAGGCCCAGUAACCAUCUGUGUCGCUUUUUUAUAAAUAGAUAUGCGUGUACACACACAGACAAACACACACACACACACACACACACACACACACACACACCCCCGUCUAUCUAUAGAUUAUAAAAUCUGAAUGUCGAUGCCAUCCCCUGAUCUGUUAGCAGUGGGAGCGCCAUCUCCAUCUGAUGAGAGCUGAGUUGGGGAGGUUUUAAGUAGGUUGUUGUUUUUGUUUGGUUUGUUUUCGUUUGGACUGGGUUUUAUUUUGCGUCCGCAGCGCUGGUAACUGAACAAGUGAACACAAGCUUUCUGCAUUUACUGAACGUUUAGCGCAGAAGAGAGCGUUUGAUACUAGGGAAUUCUUACCUUCCUCCACAGUAGAGAGAAACUUUUCUAAAUACUCAUUAAUACCUUCUGUAGUCACUACUCUGAAUCCUAGGAAGUGUUUAGCCCCCAUGUAUGCCUAAGGUUAGCUGUCCGAGAAACUGUUGUGUCCGUGUAGCGUUUUACAUUCGCUUGAAGCCCACCUUGCUGAUAAAAGCAGGAUUUCACACCUGGAGGUGACGCCGUCGGAAGGUUGCUCGGAGCCCAAGCACCCCCCCUCCUCCCGCCUGGCAGAGAACUUGCUGCCUUCACUUUUCCAAACACUAACUGUUUUUGAACAGAGCAGAAUGAUUGUGUGGGCACUUUGCAGCCUUGCUGGAGUGUUCGUGGUAGUGUGGUGCUCGGUGUCUGGGCCCUGUUAAGGUGGUAGUGAGCAUCCUCCCUGUGGGUGCAAAGGCAGCUCCAGGAACACACAGGAGAGGAUGACUCCAUGUUUGUUAUCCAAAAGCCUGAGGGUCAGAUCUGGCUGGACAGGACCCCCAUCUGCCAGGGCUUGUGGUCAGCCUCCUCAGGGCCCCCCCGCACCCCCCGAGGGCCCAACAUCUCCAGCGUUGACAUUGCCCAAUCCUAGGUUAGAAACAUGCAUGGGUAAAUGCUGCAGGAACUUGUUUGAACAUUUACCUGAAAUGUUAAAAUAGAACCAUUUUGGCCUUGAUUUUAAAAAAGAAAAACUUGGACUUCCUGCUUUGGAAAGUAGGGGUGUCCCAUCUUAUUUUCCUAGCCAAAGGAUCCUCUCUCAAUCAUGUAGUAACAUCCCCAUCUUCUGGAGUGUAAAUGUUCUGCCCAAAGGGCAGGCAUUGGGGGGCGGUUGUGUUUUCCUAACUGUGGGCAUAAAUGGGGAAGCAGACGUGCCCAUGUUAUGUAGUUUUCUAUCCUCUGGACGUGCAUGUUUUUCCUUCUUUAUCCCAUCCCUCCAACACGUAGAACCAGCCUUUUGAGUAUUUGGGUCACUUUGCUCCACAGGAGUCAGGCAAAAAAAUAACUUUGUAGUCAUUGGAAUGUUAUACAACUGUAUAUUGUUUACUUUAUUGUAAAUACUGGUGAACAGUGGUCAAUAAAUAGUUUUAUAUUCUUCCUUUA